GUGGCACUAAAAAAAAUAAUAUAUAUAUAUAGUAAUAAUAAUAUUGUUUUGUUCUCUACAGUUUGUCUGCUAUCGUAAGUGCUAUUUGUCGUAAGGGUGUCGUUGUCCCAUUGUUUUAACGAACGGCUGGCGUUGACUGGAUGACUUGUUACCAGAGGCGUUAUCGUAGGUAAUUAGCCGGGUGCGUCCUAGCUGACAUUAGUUAGGCGUCUCAUUCGCCGAGCUGUCGGGUCCACGGUGACAGCAAAUAACGCGAAUUACCCUUUUUAGGUUUUGUUUUGCAGUUUUCGUCGCAGCCUUCAAGUUCGCUAAACGUCAGCAGCGCCGCACUAGACGGUCUAAGGGUUGGUUGGUCUGUAAUAAGUAUAAUGGCAAACCUGCUCUCGACGCAACUCAGUGCCACUCUCAGAAAAUCCGGAGGUCUGAUUAACUCGAGAGCAGCGUCACUGUCCGUCGACAGACGAAGGUUCAGCGGCAAAAAUGGGUCGUCGGCCGAAUACCUGCACCAAAGUCUGGUGCCCUCAAUGCAUUACCAGAAGAGUUUGCCGAGGCUGCCUAUACCCAAGCUGGAAGAUACAAUCAGGAGGUAUUUAGCUGCUCAGAGGCCUCUUUUGAACGAUGACCAAUUUAGCGCAACAGAGAAGCAGGCACAAGAUUUCCAGAGCGGUGACGGGAAACAGCUGCAUGAAGAACUGGUAGCUCAGGACAAGAAAAAUAAACAUACCAGCUACAUUUCAGCCCCCUGGUUUGAUAUGUACCUGUCUGCACGUGAGUCUGUGGUGCUGAAUUUCAACCCCUUCAUGUCCUUCAAGCCUGACCCAAACACAGAGUACAACGACCAACUCGUGCGAGGGACCAAUAUGGUGUGCUCUGCAGUGCGCUUCAUGAAGACGCUACGAGCUGGAUUACUUGAGCCUGAAGUUUUCCACCUUAACCCAGCCAAGAGUGACACAGUCAAUUUCAAGAAACUUAUCCGCUGGGUCCCUUCUGCCCUAUCUUGGUAUGGCGCCUACAUGGUAAAUGCAUACCCCCUAGAUAUGUCUCAGUACUUUCGCCUUUUCAAUUCCACUCGCAUCCCCAAACAUGGGCGAGAUGAGCUCUACACUGACGAGAAAGGACGGCACCUCCUGGUGAUGAGGAAGGGCAACAUGUAUGUGUUUGACAUAUUAGACAGAGACAGGAAUUUGUUGACACCUGCAGAAAUCUAUUCUCAUUUGAAGUACAUUUUGUCUGACCCAUCCCCAGCACCUGCAUUUCCUCUUGGGGUCCUGACCAGUGAGAACAGAGAUGUGUGGGCCAGCCUGAGAAACAAAUUGCUGGAUGCUGGUAAUAGGGAAGUUCUACGGAUUGUUGACAGUGCGAUCUUCUGUCUCUGUCUGGAUGAUGAGAGUAUGCGGGACCAUAUUCACAUCUCCCACAACAUGCUGCAUGGAGACGGCUGUAAUCGUUGGUAUGAUAAGUCCUUCAGCAUCAUUCUGACAAAAGAUGGACAGGCAGCCAUUAAUUUUGAACACUCUUGGGGUGACGGUGUGGCUGUGCUCCGCUUUCAGAAUGAGAUUUUCAAAGACACCACAGAACAGCCUCUGAUAAACCCUAGCUCUACUCCUUCUUCUAUAGACUCAGCCUAUGUCGUACGCAAACUCCACUUCAACCUUGACACUGAGCUGGAGAAUGGCAUUGUGAAAGCCAAGGAGAACUUUAAUGCAGCCGUGUCAAAACUUACCAUUGAUGCAAUGGAGUUUAAAAAGGGUGGGAAAGAACAGCUGAAGAAGAAGAAGUUGAGUCCAGAUGCCAUAGCCCAACUGGCUUUUCAAAUGGGCUUCCUGAGGCAAUAUGGAAAAACAGUGGCGACAUAUGAGUCCUGUAGCACUGCAGCAUUCAAGCACGGACGCACAGAGACCAUCCGUCCUGCCACCAUACACACAAAACGAUGCGUACAUGCCUUUGUAUGUCAGCCAGGGCAAAACAGCGUUGAGCAAAUGCUGGCCAUGUUAGCCGAGUGCUCUAAAUAUCAUGGGCAACUCACCAAGGAAGCAGCCAUGGGCCAAGGUUUUGACCGGCAUCUGUUUGCGUUGCGUUACUUGGCCAACUCUAAUGGCCAGUCUUUACAUGACUUCUACAAGGACCCAGCAUAUAUGGCUAUCAACCACAACAUCCUUUCCACCAGCACCCUCACCAGUCCAGCUGUCAGCCUUGGUGGCUUUGCCCCUGUUGUGCCAGAUGGCUUUGGUGUGGGGUAUGGUGUCCAUGAUGACUGGAUAGGCUGCAAUGUGUCUAGCUACCCAGAUCGCAAUGUCCAUGAAUUUCUGCAGUGUGUCCACAAGUCUUUAGAGGACAUCUUCACCAUCCUGGAAGGAAAGCCUAUUAGCUAAGUGGUAUCUUCCUGAUCACUAAGGAAAAAAGCUAUUUUAAUCAUGCAGUGAAUGUGAAAUCACU